AUGGCUUCAAUCGCUACAGUCCUUGAUAACAAUUCCGACAUCACUCGUCGCUACGGUUCUGGCCUUGUCGCUGUCUUUGUCGGCGGAACAAGCGGAAUAGGCGAGACAACAGCCCGCGCAUUCAUCCGCCACACGCACGCCUCCAGCUCCCACGCGUACCUCAUUGGACGAGACGAGGCAAGGGCAACGCGCAUCAUCGAAGAACUGCAAACGCGGUAUCCAUCCUCCCGGGUCACGUUCAUCAAGUCGGAUGCUUCGUUGCUGCGCGAGGUGGACGCUGCGUGCGGCGCUAUUCAGCGGAACGAGACAAAGGUCAAUGUUCUGUUCCUGAGUCCGGGCAUCGGGACAACGAGUGGCAGAGAUGAGACCGACGAAGGGCUGGACAAGAAGCUGAACCUGCACUACUACUCCCGCAUGCGAUUUGUGACGAACCUCCUACCACAGCUCCGGAAUGCCGGUGAUGGCCCCGGCCCCGGGACGAGCGGGCAGGCUGCAGGCCAGAACGAGGAGAGUAGACCACCACUCGCCCGCGUAGUCUCCGUCCUCGAAGCAGGUGGCGAAGCAGCCCUUAACCUCGACGAUCUCUCUCUGAAACAUCGCUAUUCGCUCCGCAACUGCGCAAAACACGCCAUUACCAUGAAUUCCGUCUCGAUGGAACAUCUUGCCUUAGCCUAUCCCCAGAUCUCUUUCAUGCACACUUUCCCCGGCAUUGUAAAGACCCGUCUUAACCGGGACUUCGGCACUGCCGCUCGACUUGCCAUUUCCGCCUUGAUGGUCCUCGCCAGACCGUGGGAGAUUCCUCUUGAGGAGAGCGGGGAGAGACACUUGUAUGCCGCGACAAGUCCGCGGUUUCCUGCGAGGAUGUAUAAAGGAGGUGGAACUGAUGCUGCUGAAGGCUCUGAGGGGUAUCCGGGGAGUGGGUUCUAUCGGCUUAGUUCCACUGGCUCUACGUAUAAGUCCAGUAGGAUCAUGCAGGCUUAUCGCGAGGACGGGGUGAGAGACGUCAUUUGGAAACAUACGCUUGAUGUUUUUGCGAAGGUCCGUGGUGGACCAGUGGUUGAGGCGUGA